AUGGCAACGGCUAAUGUGCAAUUAGCGAAGCGUGAACGCCGGAGUUUAUUGUUCAACCUUAAGACCUUGUACCUCUUCACAAAAACAGACAUCAAGUCCAUAGUCGUGCCACACUCGAUUUUUGCCAUUUCUGUGGUGUUUUCCAACGCAGAUGUUCUCAAUUCAGGAACGGCUGGGUCUGAACUUGGGAGCAUAUUGAUGCGAAUACCUUUAAUGAUAUGGUGGCUCUGGAUACAUCUACUGGCUCAGGACAUCUCUAACCAGAGACUUCCGGGGGGGAUAGCAGAGGACGCUAUCAACAAGCCUUGGCGCCCGAUCCCUUCUGGGCGCAUAUCUGCAGAUGAAGCCCAGCAGGCCCUCAGGGUGGUCGUGCCCAUGGCAUUGCUGACAGGCGCGGUACUGCAGAGCUUCGGGCCCAGCGCCACCGCCAUGACGCUCGUCUGGCUCUACAACGACCUAGAUGGUGCCGGCGCAGGCCCACUGCAACGCAACGUGCUGAACGCCUCUGGCCUGGCUUGCGGCUGUUGGGGGGCUCUUGCAACCCUGUUGGGCUCGAGCGAGGCCGUGGAAAGCAACACCGUGGUGAUCCGCUGGAUAGCUCUCACGGCGGCGAUGGUCGUGACAACGAUACAGGCACAGGACUUCCCAGACAUUGCUGGUGAUAAGGCUCGAGGCAGAAAGUCGAUCCCAAUUGUGUUCAACGAGAGUUUGGCCCGCGUGGCUACUGCCUUUCUUGUCCUGUUCUGGUCGGUGGUGUGUUUGGCCUUUUGGGACGUGAAGUCCAUGAAAGUCUGGGUCGCAAUGCUCGGCAUAGCAAGCCUCAUGUCAUUCAAAAUAGUUCUAGGCGGGACGAUUUCCUCUGAUAAGCUUGCCUGGAAGCUGUGGUGUUAUUGGCUUAGUUUUACGUAUCUUCUUCCUGUCUUCCAAGGUUCACCACAAGGUGCAUCUCGUUGA